AUGUCUCACAAAAUCCUCGCGCCAACACACGAGCUAUCCGAAUUCGAACAACACGUCUACGAAUGCACAGAACUAAUAGGCAAAGGAGCCGGUGACAUUCGCUGGGACGUCAACGCCGAAGACUGCCAACUCCGUUUUGAAUCCGCAUCCCGUGGCCCGCCCGCGAAAGUCUCAUUUACUUUUACCAUAGCGCCUUCGUUGUGUAAUACGUUGGGCAAUUUGCAUGGUGGAUGCGCCGCGACGUUGGUGGAUGUUCUUUCUACGACGAUUUUGUUGGGAGUUUCGCAGCCUGGGAAGUUUGGGUUUGGUGGCGUGAGUCGGAAUCUCAAGUUGACUUAUCUCCGGCCCGUGCCGAUGGGGUCACAGGCGAGGAUGGUUUGUGAGAUUGUACAUGUUGGGAAGCGGUUGGCGCUUUUAAGGGCGGAGAUUCAGAAGGUGGAGAAUGGGGACGUUUGUGUUGUUGGGGAGCAUGAGAAGGCGAAUACGGAUCCUGAGGUUGAUCAGAAGAUUUGA